AAUUUUUUUUAAAGAAAAUUACAAAACAAACUCUCCAACUAGAAGUAGAAGAAGGAAGAGCCCCUAUUACAGAACCGCUCUCUCUACACUUCAAAUUUUUCUUUGACGCUCUCCUUUCUCUUUUUAGUAAACAAUGAAAACCCAUUAAGGCAAAUCUUUCUCUGGGUAGAACUCAGAAAACCCACUUGGCAAAUCUUUGAGAUUUUUCUUCUAGAGGGAGAGAAAUUUUUUCGGUUUUUUUGUUGUUGUCAAAAUGGGUUGUUUUCUUGGUUGUUUUGGUUCUUCCAAAGAUGGGAAAAGAAGGAAACCCAGACGCAACAAGGUUCAACCUCGUGAUCAACCUAGAACUGCAAGUUGCACGCCUGCGCAAUCUGCUGUUCAUUCUACUCAAGAAGAGGACUCCCAAACACCCAUCGACAUCACGAAUUCACAAGUCCAGGAUGAGCCUGAGAGAGAGUCGAGCUUUAGAAGCAGAAGGAAAGUAACAUUCAACUCCAAUGUGGAAACCUAUGAACAUGUUUUGUGUGAGGAAGUCAAGAAUGUUGUACCAGAGACUGAAGGCAGUGGGAAAAAGGGGCAGGAGGAAAAUAUAGCAAAAUCAAGUCAAACAAAGUCUUCUUCAGAAGAAAAUUCAAUCACUUCAAGUUCAGUAUCUUAUCCUCCGAAUCAUAGAUACCAGAAUUGCAGGGACAGUGAUGAUGAGUUUGAAGAAUUAGAUUAUGAGGAGAGUGAUCUUGAUGAUGACAAUGACGAUGACGACGACGACGACGAUGAUGGGGUACUUGAGGUGAAUGAAAUUUAUGAGGAUGAUGAUGAUGGAAUUGUUGAGUCAAGGAGAAGAAUUCCUGUUGUUCCUGUGGUUACCGAGGUGGUUGAUGAUUGUCCAAUAAGAUGUGAUGAACGGGAGGUUAAGCCAUAUGUGUAUAACCCGAAUGUUCGAGAUAGGAGUGCUUAUGUUCAUCCUGUGUUAAACCCUGUCGAAAAUCUUACGCAAUGGAAAGCUGUUAAAGCUAAAGGGGCAUCACCAUUGAGGCCUCAGAAAGAGAAUUUUGUUUUGAAUCAAGAAUCUGAGGUUUCAUUCAGUUUUAAGUCAAAAACUAAUCAAUCCAAGAAGUCAAGCCAGGAAGUAGCAGUUGAUGCUAGCCUUUCCAACUGGUUGGAAUCAUCUGAGGCGACUCCCAUCAAUAAGUCUAGCACCAUUACACCUGAGAUAAGCAUGUCACAACGAUCAACCUCAUCAAGGAGCCCAGAAGAUAGACCUAUUUUGGGAGCAUUAACUGUUGAAGAACUCAAACAGUUUUCGUCUACUUCUUCACCAAGGAGGUCACCAAGUCCAAGCCCCGAUGACAUGCCUAUAAUAGGGACUGUUGGGACCUACUGGAGUCACACUGGCUCUACCAAGAAUUCUGUCUCAGCCUCUUCCUACAAAGGAAUCCCAAACACAACCAGCAAGUACAGAGAGGAUAAGAGAGUGAAUUGGCACUCUACUCCAUUUGAGGCAAGGUUGGAGAGAGCUUUGAAAAGUGGUUCUGCUGAGGCUUAAACUACUCUUACUCUUGGUGUAUGCUAGACAAGCUUGUGAGUGAUUUGGUGUUGGAUUGUUGUUUUAUGUUCUCAGCAUCUAUAUUUUUUUAAUUCUUUUGUAAAAUUCAAUUUGGUUGUUUGUGACAUCUGCUUGCCUGUUGUAAUUUCGUGAUUAAUAUAAUUGAAUUUAUUCUUUUUAA